AUGAGCGUCGCACGUCCGGCUCGCAACCUCCUCGGUAGGUGCAUUGCCUCAUCUCGAACCACUUCAGUUACCGUCCCUCUCGUACCAUGCAGCCAAUUCCACAGCACACCAACAAGGUCGAAGCGAAAGUCUCGGUUUCGAAAUGUCACGGCCCAAGAGCUAGGUCUGAUCAAGGAGUCGGGUGAAUUCACGGCGGGCAUGGACAAGUACAAGCAGGACAAGUUUGCCGACCUGUCCAAGCAGGAUCUCGAGAACCUCAAGGCCUCUUACACACCAGAGCAGCUUGAGGCUAUUGAGUUAGGCGAGAAAGCCGUCAGCCCUGAAGAUAUGAUCAUUCAGGGUCGGUUACGUGACGAUCCCUACAAGCCAACAUAUAUCGAGGAUUAUACCGUGCUGGACCCCCGCUACGAUAUCAAGCCGGAGAUCGAAGGCAACCCGAGAGAGGUACAAUGGCCUGACAAGAGCGAAUGGAUCGACAAUUACGGACAAAAAAUGAUGAAGAUCACUGACAAGAAGACGAGCGAUCAACUUACCCGAGCCAUGGUUCGUGCACUGCGGCGUGUGAAAGAGAGCCAGGGGGAGGACUUGAUAGAUCUCACUGAGGAUGAGCUCAAGGACAUUGAAAAGGACCCCGAGCUAAUCAAACGCUACAUCAUCGCCGAGGAUGGCCCUGAGCCCACUGCAAACGAUAAGGGCCCUGAAUUCAUGACUCGUUCCCAGGCCGAGAAGUUGGAUGAGGCUGUUGACGAGGCAUGGGAGGCCGAACUCGACAAGAUUGUUGGUUUUAGCAGUCAGGGUGAGGUCGAGCCCUCAAACCUUGAGCUGAUUCAGGAUGGCCCCGCGGGCGUUGAUCGGACUUACACGGCUGAGGCACCUGAUCUUGGUAAGGUCCCUGGUGUCAAAGGCUUGUACAAGCACGCCGUUGACCCCGAGGAUCAGGGCCAGGAUGACUCGGGCAAGUACCAGGAGAUCAAGCGCCUGACAGGCAUGAGCCUCAAGGACAUUCGCUCGCUGCUGACCAAAGGUCUUGUGACUCGUUGGGUCUCCAACCAAACUCGUUUGGGCAAGGUCCGCAGUACCUCUGUGGUUGCCAUCGCUGGCAACGGCAAUGGCCGUCUAGGACUUGGAAUGGCAAAGUCUACUGAGGCCGGUGUGGCUGAGGAGACAGCUCAGAUGUUGGCUAUCCGCAACAUGAAACCUGUCCGACGAUAUGAGAAUCGUACCAUCUAUGGUAAUGUGUCUGCUAAGAUUUCAGGCACUGUAGUCGAGCUGAUGGCCCGUCCUCCCGGCUUCGGACUUCGCUGCCCUCACCGUAUCUUCGAGAUGUGCCGCGCCGCCGGUAUCCACGACAUCGCUGCUCGCAUGCCCCGAUCCAAGAACCCCAUGAACUCUGUCAAGGCGGCGUACCAAGCGCUGACCAACCAGCCUGACCCCGAGCAGAUCGCGAUAGGCCGUGGCAAGAAGCUGGUGGAUGUGCGCAAGGUCUACUAUGGAGGAGCUGUAUACUAA